AUGAGUAAGAUAACUUUCUACGAGGACAGCAACUUCCAGGGGCGCUCUUAUGAGUGCGAUGCAGACUGCGCUGACAUGCACCCCCAUUUCAGCCGCUGUAACUCCAUCAAGGUAGAUAGCGGCUGCUGGGUGCUGUACGAGCGUCCCAACUACACAGGCUAUCAGUACGUGCUGACCAGAGGGGAGUACCCAGAGUACCAGCACUGGAUGGGAUACAAUGACAGCAUCCGCUCCUGCCGUACCUUCUCCUAUACUAGCGGAGGCCCAUACCGCAUGCGCAUCUAUGAACGCCCCAACUUCCAGGGCCAGACGAUGGAGUUCGCUGAGGACUGUGAGUCUGUCCAGGAACGCUUCCGCAGCCGUGACGUCUACUCCUGUAAUGUUCUGGAGGGCUACUGGACCCUCUACGAACACCCCAACUACCGCGGCCGCCAGUACUUCAUGAGGCCUGGAGAGUACAGGAAGUUUAGUGACUGGGGCGCCACAUGCGCCACCACUGGCUCCUUCCGUAGGAUCACCGAGUUUUCACAGCAAGCAGAACGAGCAGCUCACCAACCAGACGCAAAUAUGAUGGGAAAGAUCAUCUUCUACGAGGACAAGAACUUUGGUGGCCGUCACCAUGAGUGCAUGAGUGACUGCGCUGAUCUUCACUCCAUGUUCAACCGCUGCCAAUCCAUCAGGGUGGUGAGCGGUAUGUUCAUGAUCUACGAGCGCCCCAACUUCAUGGGACACCAGCAUUUCCUGAGGAAGGGAGAGUACUCCGACUACAUGCGCAUGAUGGGAAUGAACGAAUGUGUCAAGUCCUGCCGCAUGAUCCCCAUGCACCGUGGUAACUUCAAGAUGAGGCUGUACGACCGCUCUGACAUGGGAGGCCAGAUGAUGGAGCUGGAUGACGACUGCCCCAACUGUAUGGACCGUUUCCGUAUGUCCGACUUCAACUCCUGCAACGUGAUGGACGGCCAAUGGCUGAUGUACGAUCAGGCCAACUAUAGAGGACGCCACUACUACCUGAGGCCCGGCCAGUACCGUAGAUACAACGACUGGGGAGGCAUGAGCUCCAAGAUCGGCUCAAUCAGGCGCAUUAUGGACCUCUAAAGAAGGAAGGGUCCUUGUAAAAUGUCUACUUUAUGCCUUGUUUCACACACUGAAUAAAAUGGUGUCAGUGCUCAA